AUGGCCCGGUCCCGGUCGCGCUCUGCGGUUCACGGCAAGGCUGUUUCAGUUCCGCGACCGGUGCAGAAGGCUGCGCUAUAUAGUACGACUCUGGAUAUGAAUAGUCCUCCGCGCAGACGAUGGACAAGAAGUCAGAGUCGGGAGGUUGAGUCGCAUCAGCAGAGUCGCGAUGGUGGUGGUGGAGAACUCGAUGCGAUCGAAGAAUCCCCCGCCAAGACCCAAACACCCCCAAAACGCAUUUCAAAUCCCGUCCAAGUACAGGGUUCCCCGGAAGAUGCCGUCAACAUGUCCGGCACCACCAUUCUCCCGUCAGAGCCGGAAACGGACCUCGAUCCAGACAUGAUGAUCGAGACUCUACCCUCUCUGGAACGAGAGGCGAAUGAUGUCCUGCAUAUCCUCGUUCCUGGGUCUGUAGAUCCGGUUAGUAUCGUUAACACCGCGAAGAAGUUGCGCGAUCCGCAGAAUCCGCAGAGGAAACGAUUGAAACGGUUAAUGGCGAAUCUAGACGCGGAAGCGCAGUAUUUCGGGCACCAUACAUACGUCGACACGAAGCAGGUUAACCCGCUACUUGUUUCUGCGCUGGAGAAAAAAGGUAUGACGAGUAGGGAGUGGAGUCCGGAUCCUGUUCUACACAAGGUGAAUUGUGCGCGUUUAGCGCUUGAGGUGCUUUUGGCAGAUGCGUCGAGUGGGAAGAAGACAGAGUCGCAGAGGAAGGUGGUUCAUGACUUGGAGGGACGGUUUCCAUCGCCGUUUAUGAACGAACUCGGGAAAGGACUUCAGAGGGGUCAUGGUCUAAGUGUUCUUGAGAAAGACACUUUCGAUCUGGCGCUGGAGAUUCGCACGCAGUCGCUUUUGGUGAAACUGGAGGCGCACCAGAAUGAGGAUAAAUUCGAUCCCGAGGCGAUUGUGAGCGGUGUCUUCUUUGAUGAUGUUAUGGGGGAGGAAGAUGAUUCGUAUCAGGACGGCCAGGCGCCUCUUCGUGGGUUUAAUAUCAAACUGCUCGAAGACGAGAACGGCCGGCUUCCGGAGAAGUUUACGGAAGCUGUCUACGAUCGCGUCAAUGAGAUUCGCGUCACGCUGGCGGAAGAAGACGAUGAUGGUGUCCGCGGGCUACAAGGUGCCUAUCGAUGGCAGAAAUUUGUUCUACGGGCGGCACAAUGGAUUCGAAAGAGAGAAAACGAAAUCAAUCGAGACUUGCAAUCGCAAUCCGAUGCUGAGGCCGUUCGUGAGGAAUAUUUCUCUGAACCCCGACGGGAGAGUUCGUCGUUUACCAGGUGCAGUAGCUCCCCUAUGGCCAUACGGGAGGUGUCAACUAUACAGACCGUGCCGGUGAAAGCGCCGAAGGAACAAGUUCAGAAGCCGGCCCAGGAACCAGCUCAAGAGCAGGUCCAGGAACCGGAGCCAGCUCAAAAACCAGAACCAGCGGCCCAGCCAGCUAAGUCUGAGCGACGAAAGUCGCACAAAAGCCAAUGGCUCAACGCUUCCAUAAUCGAGCGGAUCAGCCAGAGACAGCGACGACAAACGGACUACGUGAGACCAGUCUCUCAGGAAAAGUCGCCAGAAACCUCUAAUCGGCGUCAAACACUGUCAGGGCCAGUGACGAUUGACCCACCUGCGCCGCCAGAACCUCGCGAAAUCCCAGCAUCCCCAGAAAACUCCCCGACAUUCUUGCAAGGUGAAGAAGACCUCUUUGUUGACUCCAGCUCCCAUCUACAACCACACAGAGGAGAACCCGCCCCGGAAAAAUCACACAGCCCGCCCAUGCGUCGCCAAACUAUAUCCAUACCGCCAAACGAACUGCCCACUAGCGAGGAAGUCUGGAACGCAGCGACCAAAGCAACUCCUCGACUGACAGCCGGCCCGCAACGAAAAGCACCUGCUGCUUUUGUCGACCGCCAGGAACACGCUCGACGAGUAUCCCCGAUUAGUCUCAGUGAUCCCCGCAGCGCAGAACGGAGUAAAGAACGGCCACCGCAGCCACAACCAUCACGAAAGCGCCGGCGCGUGACAGAUGAAGAUGACGACGACGACGAGUUUAGUCGCUACGAACGGGCAAUCGACCCCUCAGUCAAACGUGCACAGAAACCAGACCAAUCUCAUCACAUAAAGCGUCGACGAGUCGACGACGCACCGCGGCGAGAGAGGACCUCGCCACCACCUAGUACCGCCCCUGCCACUACCACUACCACAUCUACAACUACAACGACAGACUCAAAAGUACGAGUCCGCUGGUCAUCCGAGGAAGAUAAACGACUAAUGCGCCUUAUCCGCGAGUGUGGGACCAGCUGGUCGGAUCUGGUUCGGCAGAACCACGCCGAGCCUGUGCAGGAGGGUGAGGUACGAAUUGAGGAUCGCGAUCAGGUGCAGUUUAAAGAUCGGGCAAGGAAUUUGAAGAUCAUUUAUUAUCGUGAGGGACGACAAGAUGAAUUGCCGAAACAAUUCGAGUACGUGACUAUGAGUAAACGAGAUAAGGAGGGUUUACGGAAGAGGGGGAUAGAAAUAGACUAG